AUGUCGGAGCUGAGCGACGAGGCCAGCGAGUCGGAGCUGCUGAGCCGCAGUCUGUCCAUGUGGCACGGGGUCGGGCACAGGACCCAGCAGGAGGAGCUGGAUGUGCCCCUGGACCUGCACACAGCCUCCUCUGUCGGGCAGCAGGAAGUGGUGCAGGAGUGCAUCCAGCGUGGAGAUCUGGAUUUAAACCAGAGGAACUGUGGAGGCUGGACCCCACUGAUGUAUGCCUCCUACAUUGGCCACGACAGCAUCGUGCACCUGCUGCUGGAAGCAGGAGUGAAUGUGAACAUCCCAACACCAGAAGGGCAGACACCACUCAUGCUGGCUUCCAGCUGUGGGAACGAGAGCGUUGCUUACUUCCUUCUGCAGCAAGGUGCAGAGCUGGAGAUGAAGGACAUCCAUGGCUGGACUGCCUUGUUCCACUGCACCAGUGCUGGGCACCAGCAGAUGGUCAAGUUCUUACUGGAGAACGGGGCAAAUGCCAACUGCAGGGAGCCAGUAUAUGGAUAUACACCUCUGAUGGAAGCAGCUGCUUCUGGUCAUGAGAUAAUUGUUCAGUACCUUCUCAAUCAUGGAGUGAAGGCAGAUGUCAGAGACAACACUGGAGCCACAGCACGGACACUGGCCAUGAAGUAUGGGCACACCAAGAUUGUGGGGCUGAUAGAUUUGCAUGCAGCCCCAGUACCCAAGGUCUUCUGCAGGGGUCCAGGGAAAUAUGAAGAGCUGAGUUCCUCAGAUGAAUCCUGCUCUGCUCCCCAGAGGCAGAGGCCUGCUCGCAGGACCAAGGGGCCCAGCAUCCACGAUGGCCCACAGGCUCUGGCCAAGAUCACAGCAGUUGGGAUGGGGGGCAAGAAGUUCUCUCGCUAUGAACAGGUCCCUCCUCAGGGCUACGUUACCUUCAACGAUGAUGGCAGCUGUGAGGCAGGUGACAUCCGGAACAGGGAUGUCACCUCUCCCAUCAACGAGCAGGAUGUGGAGAGCAGCAGCAGCAGGGAGGAUAACAUUUUCUCCAACAACAACUUGGGAACCAUCAGGAGCAGCAGCAGCAGCAGUGAGUGCCUGACAAGAGCCCUGGGAGUCAGCAGUGAAGGGUCCUUGGAAAGCAAUGAGGACUCUGACCAUGCACACAGCCCACCGAGUCGGAAGCAAGCCAAGAGCCUUAAGGUCAAGAACCGCUACAGCAACAGUGACAGCCAGUGGAGCCACUGCCUGGGGAAGGCUGGAGGCUGUGGGCUGGGCCUUCCUGAGCCCCCUGCCUACACAGGGCCCCAGGACCUGGCAACAUUCCUUGAGCAGAUUGGCUGCCUGAAGUAUCUGCAAGUGUUUGAGGAGCAAGACGUCGACCUCCGGAUCUUCCUGACCCUCACAGAGAGUGACCUGAAGGAAAUAGGCAUCACGCUGUUUGGCCCCAAGAGGAAGAUGACAUCUGCCAUCGCGCGGUGGCACAGCAGCGCUCGGCCGCCCAGCGACGCGCUGGAGCUGGCCUACGCCGACCGGCUCCAGGCCCAGCAGCAGGAGCUGGUUGCCGAGAUGCAGGAGCUGGCCAUCCAGCUGCACAAGAGGUGUGAAGAGGUGGAGGUGAUGAAGGGUCAGGUGUGCCAGGAGCAGAAGCUGCGUGCAGUGGCUGAGAGCUGUUUGAUGGAGCGGGAUGAGACCUGGAAUGCCAUCCAGUGCCAGCUCAGAGAGGCUCAGACCAUCACCAAGGAUGCUGGAGUCCUGCUGGAUCACAUCAAGUGCUGCCAGGCAGAGCUGUCAUCCCGGCUGGCCCCGGAGCAGGCAGAGGGCACGCUGGGCACCAGGGAGAGCCGCCGGCCCGGGGAGCGCCCAGUGCUGGAAGGAUGGCCACCCUCCCUCAAGUCCCUGAGCUUGCCUGAGCUGUCAGCUGUGCUGGAGGAGUGCGUGGGAGAGAUGGGAAAAGCCCUGCAGACUGUGACUCAAAACCUCCAGAGGCUCCAAGCCCCGGUGCAGAGCGGGCAGAGCUGGCUAGAGCCAUAA